AUGGCAGAGAGUGCUGUAGAGAAGCUGAAGCAAAGGAAGACAGAUUCUCAUCUCCAAGAAUGGCUAAAGCAGGUUCGAGAAGUUGCUUAUGAUGCAGAGGAUGUUCUCGAUGAUUUUACCUUCCGUUUUGCUCGUGGUUACAUGGAUGGAUUCUAUGGCAAGGCUGGAAAGAUCUAUAACUCAAUGAAGAAUCUAAAAGCUCGCCAUCAAAUUUCUUCGGAGAUAAAAGACAUCAAGGCCAGAGUUGGAGAGAUUUCAGAAAGGUAUCAGAGGUACCAGUCCCAAUAUGGUACUCAAGAAAGAGGCUUCAGCUCUUCCCGACAAGCAAAUGCUGAUUUUGACAUUCGUGCUCAAUCACUCUUCAUUGAAGAAGCUCAACUUGUUGGGAUUGAUAAGCCAAAAGCCGAGCUCAUCUCAAAAAUCCUUGAUGACCAUUCCCAAUUGAAAGUAGUUUCGGUUGCGGGAAUGGGGGGACUCGGGAAGACUACCCUGGUGAAAAAAGUCUAUGAUGACGCUGCAGUGAAGAAACAAUUUCAGAGCCAUGCCUGGAUAACUGUUUCUCAAAAUUUUCAGUUCAGGGACAUCAUCAAGAAUCUGAUCCAACAGUUGUACAAUGAAAUCAGACGGCCGGUCCCUCCCGAAGUGGAAUCAAUGAAUGAUAUUAUGCUGAGUGAAUUUGUCAGAGACUUCCUCCAAGAAAGAAGGUACAUUCUUGUCCUUGAUGAUGUGUGGAGUAUAGAUGCCUGGGAAGCUAUCAAAUGUGUAUUGCCUGACUGCAAUACUGCUAGUCGUGUUGUAUUGACAACACGAAUAGCCGAUGUAGCUUCUGCGUCCUGUUUAGGAUCUCUUAACUUCAUCUAUAAGAUGGAGCCUCUUUCUGAAAAAGAGUCUUGGACUCUAUUUUGCAAUAGAACAUUUCAGAGCAAUGACUGUCCUCCAAAUCUAGAAGAAGUUGCUAAAAAAAUACUGAAAAAAUGUGAGGGCCUACCACUUGCAAUUGUUGCAAUAGGUGGUGUUCUGGCUCUGAAGGACAAGGGAAAGACAGAUGAAUGGGAGAUGAUUAUUCAUGGUUUUGGUGGCGAGGCAGAUGGCAGUGGUAAGCUUGACAGGAUCAAAAGGGUACUCUUACAUAGCUACAAUGAUUUGCCUCACUAUCUUAAAAGCUGCCUAUUAUAUCUAAGCAUCUACCUUGAAGAUUAUCCAAUUGAAGUGGAUGAUAUACUUGAAAUGUGGAUUGCACUAGGAUAUGUAGAAGAGAGAGAAGGAAUAACACGCACCGAUAUUGCUAUGAGAUAUAUGAAAGAACUCAUCAAUAGAAGCUUAAUCCAAGUUAAAUCCACAUGGGAUGAUGGCAGAUUGGUUACAUGUGGUCUUCAUGAUUUUCUGCGUGAAAUCACUGUUUCAAAAUCUAAAGAGCAGAGUUUCACGACUUUGCGGCAAUUAUCCAUCACAGAGCUGAGAAGAGAAGAUGGAAAGGAGUUGCUCUCCUCCCUCUUGAGGCUGACCUACCUUCGAGAUUUGGUCAUCUCCUGUAUUAAAGAAGAUGAGAUCCUUGAUCUCCAACAUUCUGUCUCUCUAAAGCUUGGAUUCCUCACACGUCUGACAUUGAAGGGGAAUUUAGAGAGAGUACCGCAAUGGGUGACAUCACUUCAAUCCUUGAGAACCUUACAGUUGGCCAAUAGUAGGUUGAGAGAAGAUGAGAAUGUAAUAGGCUUUCUCGGACAUUUGCCCAAUCUGGUAUCACUUUCUCUCUAUGGUGCUUAUGAAGGGAAGACAUUAUGUUUCAAGGUUGGAGGAUUCCGAAAACUCCAGACUUUAGAGCUUGUGCAAUUGAAAAGACUGAAAUGGGUAAGAGUGGAAGAGGAAUCAAUGCCUAGUCUCAGAAAUCUGCAAUUAGUUGGUUGUAAACUGAUGCAGGAGUUGCCUUCGGGCAUCCAAAACUUGACUGGACUUCGAUAUCUUGGGUUCUUUGAUAUGUCUGAUGAGCUAAUGCACAAAGUACAGAAUUUGGAUAAACAAAGUGUAGAUUAUCAAACAAUUUCUCAUAUUCCCAAUGUUUGCACUGGUUACUGGAUUAACGGUCAGUGGGAAGACAAGUUCCUCUAA